GGCCGGCAUCCCAUCGCAGCUCACAUCGAUGCCGACUGCCACAUCUACGAAACGAGGAAAUUCAGCGCCGUCACUCCAUUUUCGAGCCCAGUCAGCACACGUUGGCCGACACAGUUCGGAAUGGGGAGUGUCGGCAGCAACGUGACAGGGACGACGACAGAUCCAACGACGUUCCUGCCAGACGCAACUCCGACAUUAAGCGAACGUGAACAGGUCAAAAUCGAAUUUUACAAAACGUACGAUGUCAUGACGGGGGUACGGAUCGCCGCGACCCUUGGUGGCUUUUUCAGCUUAAUGGUAUUGCUGGUAGUUUACAAGAGCAGAUGCAAAGCGAGUAAACAACUGGAAGAUCCAACAUUGACUGCGGCGGCAGCCGCGGCGGUCGCGGAAGCUGAAGCUGAGGAACGAGCUCUCGCCGCUGCUCUCGAAGCGAUCGCCAGGUUACCACCUAGGCUAGGUCGUGGUCCGAGAAGAUCAUUAUGCGUUGAGAUGGAUCAGUCUCAUUCACCCGUGGUGGCACCUCGCUUCGCCUCAGUCGGUGGAUACGAUUCCCUGCUGGCACCGCCAAUCAGGCAACCGAGGUUGGUUCCCCCGGUCGAUCACAGAAGAUGUAGUUCGGUCACCUGUAGCAGCACUGGAAGCAGUUAUCUGGAACGAAGGGGUUCAGCCAUGGUAAUGCCGUGCCUUCCACCUCCUCCAUCCUAUCCGCGUCACGCCGCCUACGAUGAGCCAUGGGAUUUAUAUUACCCUAUCGAUAUCCAGGUCAUACAGCCAACUCCGGAUUUAUCGCCAUGCGGAAGCGAAGUCGGUCUUUAUGCCGGUGCAGUCGGCAGCCUUAUGGCGGCGUCGUCGGGCAAAAGAGCACCGUUGGCAUCGAUGGGUAGCGUAGAUCCUCCCGAUCCAGAUACCAGGUCGCUCGGCUCCGAUUCGGUCUUCUUGAAGAACGAAGACGAGGAGCAGUGCGUCGAUACUGAGGAUGAGGUCUCGGGUUUUUCUACGGACUCGGAUGCGCCUGGGCCAAGCUGUCGGCGGUUCCUACGGGUGCCUUCUAGGAAAAAACGGAUUCCUGAGAAAUGGGAUGGAUGCGCGGGCUGCGUGCCUAGGCGACGGGCCGGUAGUAAACCCUGCCAAGAAUGUUUGACCAUCAGUGCCGCCGUCGAAACCUCCAGGUCGCAACCAGCCUCAACAACAACCAGUAGCAGUCAGAGUAGCGUGGGAUCUCCACCGUGUUCACCGCCGAUCGAGCUAAGGCAUAGACCACCACCAACGCCGUUACCAUCAAUCCCGCCAAUAUGGUCUCAAGAAACACUCUUUUAAAAUGCAUCUUUCGUAGUGAGCAUGUCCUUCGACCUGUUUUUAUCGAGAUACGAAGCUAAAUUCAGAAUGUCGAUAUUUGAGGAAAUCAUUUGCUCAAAAGUUGAACAUUAUCUUUAACCGUCUUGUACUUUUAGAAAACAAUCUUUUUUUCUUGG